GAAGGAUUUCGGGGGGGGCUGCGGUGGCAGCAUCCCCCUCGUUUCCCCGACAGGAUCACGCUGAUCCGGGGGAACCACGAGAGCCGGCAGAUCACGCAGGUCUACGGCUUCUACGACGAGUGUCUGCGUAAGUACGGCUCCGUCACCGUCUGGCGCUACUGCACCGAGAUCUUCGACUACCUCAGCCUCUCCGCCAUCAUCGACGGCAAGAGGGGGAAGGGGCUGGGAGGGAUCUUCUGCGUGCACGGGGGCCUGUCGCCGUCCAUCCAGACCCUGGACCAGAUCCGCACCAUCGACCGCAAGCAGGAGGUGCCGCACGACGGCCCCAUGUGCGACCUGCUCUGGUCCGACCCCGAGG